AGAUGGGCCGUAGCAAGAGUGCUCUUCGCCUGUCAUGGCGCUUAAGUCUGAACCCGAAACGCGCUGUUAGGGUCUGGCCUGCUGGACCGCCUGCUCCGUGACCGUUGACAUCUCCGAGCUGCGUGGGAAACACUCUGGGAAGCCGCACAAUGGAGGCAGUGACCUUCGAGGAUGUGACUGUGAAUUUCACCAUGGAGGAGUGGGCUUUGCUGAAUGCAUCCCAAAAGAAGCUCUACAGAGAUGUGAUGGGGGAAACAUUUAUGAACAUAGCUGCUAUAGGAAGAGCCUGGGAUAACCAGGAAGUUGAAGAAGAAUACAAGAAGUACUGGAGAAAUCUAAGAAAUGAACAGGUAGUGAAACAUUAUCAAUAUAAAGCUUGGACUCAGUAUGAAGAAAUAUUCCUUUGGACUCCAGAUGCUAAUGUGAAUAUGAAACAAGCUGGUUUAAAACCAGCUGAAAGUCUUGCUUGUAGAAAGCCCCUGAUUGGGUAUUUGUCACUAAAUGUACCCAUCAUAGCUCCCACUGGACUGAAGCCAUCUGAAUAUUUGGGCUUUGAAGAGGAGCUGUAUAAAUGUGAUGAAAAUGGAAGAACGUGUGGUGAUUUGCAGUCCCAUCAGAAGUACGCAAGGACAAAUGCUGGAGAGAAGCCCCAUGAACAUAAACAGUGUGGGAAAUCCUGCUCUGAUCUUAGUGAAAGAACUUACCUCAGAGAGAAAGCCUUUGUAUGUAAGCAAAACCUGAAAGCCUCCAACACACCCAGUGAUGUUCAGAUCUAUGAAAGAAAUCACAGUGGGGUGAAUCAAUAUGUAUGUAAACAGUAUGAGAAAGCCUUUAUUUCAUCCCACUAUAUUCAAAUACCUGAACAAAGGCACGCUGAAGAGAAACCCUGUGUGUCUAAGGAAUGGAAGAAAGGGUUCACUUACAGUAAUUCUUUUCACAGACAUGUAAGUAUCCACACUGGAGAGAAAACCUAUGUAUGUAAGCACUGUGGAAAAGCUUUCAGCACACACAGUCACUGUCAAGUACAUGAAAGAACUCACACAGGGGAGAAACCCUAUGUAUGUAAACAAUGUGGGAAAGCUUUUAGCACACAUAGUUGUUGUCAAAUACAUGAAAGAACUCACACUGGGGAGAAACCGUAUAUGUGUAAGCACUGUGGAAAAGCUUUCAACACACAUAGUCAUUGUCAAAUACAUGAAAGAACUCACACUGAGGAGAAACCCUAAGUAAGCAAUGUGGGAAAGCUUUCAGCACAAGUGGUACUUGUCAUAGAAAAGAACUAUUUGGGGAGAAUCCCUAUGUAUGUAAGCAAUAUCAAAAAAUUUGCUGCUAAGUCCUCAUUUCAUAAAAAUCACUGGGUAAAACCCUGUGUAUGUAAACAAAUGUGAGAAAGCUUUCAGUACAAACAUAUUGCAUAAAUGAAAGAAGUUGCACUGGGGAGAAAUUUUAUGUAUGUAACCCUAUUUUGAAAAUCCUGUGAAAAUUUCUGACAAGGACCGGUAGAAAUAAUACAAAAAAUUUUAUGUCAAUAUUUCUUCCUGAAUUUUCCAGGAAAUACAAUCCCAGAUGGAGAUAUCCUAAAGUACAAACAUUGUGUUUUUCAGUAAAUAUAAAUAUCUUGAUUAUGUAUCCAUACUGUUUAAUAUAAAAAUUGUGUUGAGAUUAUGUAUUUUUUUGUGUCUGAGCUUAAUGCAUUUUGUGUUAAUUAAACCUGGUUAAUUGAAAUAUUA